UUUCCGGGGUCGUACUUUGGCCUAGAGUAGCCUCCAUUCGCCUUAAUUGAAACCGGCUGCCUUUUCCUCCACCUUCCUUAAAAAAAAAAAAAAAUCAGUUUUUUCUUCAUUUUCCCCGUACAUGCCCUUUUUCUUUUCCAACUUUGACAAUACCCUGGCCCUAAAAUGGCCUUAGAUAUUAAGAAAUGUAUAGUGUUGGAGGAGUAGAGGUUAAGGAAAUGAAAAGCAAAGUUUAAGAUUCUUGUUACUGGCCCGUUGGAUUUACUUUAUGGUAAAGGGACUGAGUAGGUGGUUACUGGGUUGUGUUGCUGUGCUUUGGAAUCAGAAGGAACUUUAGGGAGGUGCCUAUUAGUGCUUUUGGAACUUUCUAAACAUGAUUAGGGAAGAAAAAAUAAUGUGGCAUCUGCUCUUGAGAAUUUAGCAAGCAGUUUUGUGCAGAGCAGGGUGCGGGGUGGGGCGGGGAAGUGCAUAUAGAGAAAGGAUUUACGAGUUGUUCAAAACAAGGAAAGAAUGGUAUGCGUUCCUAGCUUGGAUGCAGAUGCCUACAGCUAAGGAAAUCUGAGGGAGAAGUGAGGAUCGCCCAGUGGAGCGCUCUGAUACUGUGACAUAGUUUAGAUGUUGGGGUUAAGUAGAUUUGUGGAUUCUAGAGUCUAUUUAGAAUCUUCAUGUUGCUUUGUAAAAGAAUGGUGGCCUUAGAAUAUUUGUAACAUAAAGCGAUUCUUUAUUUUUCACUUCCUUCCAACAUUACCCUUUCACACCACCCUCUCCCAUGUUAUUUAAUGAAAGUGCACUCAAAAGGGUGGUUGAGCAUAAAAUACAUUAAGCAUUUUCCUUUUACUAACAACUCAUGCUGCAGGUUUGUUGCCAGUAAUCUACCAGAUAGAUAUUUUUUAAAAAUUGAGGGCACUUAAUUUGUCUUUAAGACAAAAGGAUAUACUUUUAUUGAUACAUGAAAAAAGUAAUUGUUUCAGAAAGAAACUAAGGUGUUUCAGAAGUGGACAUAGAAGUGUUUGCAUCAUUGUGUGUUUGUGUGGGUGUUUCUUGCUAUCUGUAAAUUAGGAGUAAAGGGGAAGCAAUGCAGAAGUCAGAGUGCCAGGGAGACAUGCGGCUCAAAAACAGAGUGACGGGUAAUUGUAAUCAAAGGACAUCAGCAAAUCCACGAAUAACACAGAGGACUGCAGUUCAGCGAAGCAAAUCUUCAUCGUCAGCCAGUUCGCCAGAGUCUGCAAGGAAAGUUCACCCUCGGCCAAGUGAUAAACUUAACCCUAAAACGAUUAACCCGUUUGGGGAGCAGUCGCGAGCCCCUUCUGCAUUUGCAGCUGUGUACUCCAACGGAGGUGUUCCCUGCAGAUUGGUCCAUGGUUCAGUAAAACACAGAUUACAGUGGGAUUGUCCUCCUGAAAAUCUUCCAUUUGAUCCUCUUCUGAUUACUUUAGCUGAGGGUCUGAGAGAGACUAAACAUCCUUACACCUUUGUUUCAAAAGAGGGCUUUAGAGAACUCCUUCUGGUCCAAGACGCUCCUGCAAAGGCCGUGCCUCUGCUUCCUAGACUGGUCCCUGUGCUGAAGGCGGCCCUGGCUCACUCAGAUGAUGAAGUCUUUGAAAGAGGAGUAAACGCUCUGGUGCAGUUAAGCGUCGUUGUCGGUCCUUCUCUGAAUGACCAUCUGAAACAUCUGCUUACAAGUCUUUCAAAGCGACUAAGAGACAAGAAAUUCAAAGAGCCGAUCACCAGUGCAUUACAGAAGCUGGAGCAGCAUGGUGGAAGUGAAAGCCUUAUCAUCAUCAAAGCUAAAAUUCCAACAUACUGCUCCAUAUGUUGUUGACGAAGAGGGCCGGCUAAAAUCUUCCUGCUGCCUGGUGACAGCCGUUGCACGCACGCGCCGACCGCAGACCCCGGUGGAGGCUCCUCAGGUUCCCCUCACUCUGUUCCUUUGUAAAUGACAGCCACCAUCCGUUAUUUACUGGUUCGAGAUAAAUGUGCACAAUUCCACCGAAUCAUAGGCAGUUAUUCAGCAACAAAGAAGCGUAGUUCAUAAAGGAAAGGUAUUUUUAAAAGUUCUAUAUAGGACAGUUUUGUGAGGUCUAUUUUUCCUAUUUCUAUGGUUUGUGUGAACAACUAUUAUUGAGUUUAUAGUAGAUGUGUUUGUAUGUAUUUUCUAAUGACUUAUUUAUAACAUUCCUUUUGUAAUCAGUUUGUAGCUCUACACCUGUUUCUAGACAUUUUGCCGUGUCUGGAUUUUAUAUUUAUCAGUGCGAUAGAAAUUUAAAAUAGUGGACAUUUGUGAAUUCACUGUUUAUUGUUUGUAAAUAUGUAUUUUAUAAUGUAGAAUGCUUGGGAAUAUUUUUUCCAGAGUAUUCUAGUUAAAAUUUUUUAAUGUGUAAAUUCUCUCAUAAGUAUGUU